AUGGUGGGUGAAGGCCCCUACCUUAUCUCAGACCUGGACCGGCGAGGCCGGCGGAGAUCCUUUGCAGAGAGGUAUGAUCCCAGCCUGAAGACCAUGAUCCCAGUGCGACCUCAUGCAAGGUUGGCACCCAACCCAGUAGACGACGCAGGGCUGCUUUCCUUCGCCAUGUUUUCCUGGCUCACUCCCAUGAUGAUUAGAAGCUACAAGCACACGUUAACUGUGGACACCCUGCCCCCACUGUCACCCUAUGACUCAUCUGACACCAAUGCCAAAAGAUUUCGAAUCCUCUGGGAUGAAGAGGUGGAAAGGGUGGGUCCUGAGAAGGCCUCCCUGGGCCGAGUGGUCUGGAAAUUCCAGAGGACGCGUGUUUUGAUGGAUAUUGUUGCCAACAUCCUGUGCAUCAUCAUGGCAGCCCUGGGGCCGACGGUUCUCAUUCACCAAAUCCUCCAGCAGACUGAGAGCACCUCCGGGGAAGUCUGGGUUGGCAUCAGCCUGUGUGUAGCCCUUUUUGCCACUGAGUUUACCAAAGUCCUCUUUUGGGCCCUUGCCUGGGCCAUAAAUUACCGCACGGCGAUCCGGCUGAAGGUGGCCCUCUCCACCUUGGUUUUCGAAAACCUGGUGUCCUUCAAGACAUUGACACACAUCUCUGUUGGCGAGGUCCUUAAUAUCCUAUCAAGCGAUAGCUAUUCCUUGUUCGAAGCUGCCUUGUUUUGUCCCUUGCCAGCCACCAUCCCCAUCCUAAUGGUCGUUUGUGCGGUAGCCACCAUCCCCAUCCUGAUGGUCGUUUGUGCGGUGUACGCCUUUUUCAUUCUGGGGCCCACAGCUCUCAUCGGGAUAUCUGUGUAUGUCAUAUUCAUCCCCAUCCAGAUGUUUAUGGCUAAGCUCAAUUCAGCUUUCCGAAGAUCAGCAGUUUCAGUGACAGACAAGCGAGUUCAGACAAUGAAUGAGUUUCUGACCUGCAUCAAGCUGAUUAAAAUGUACGCCUGGGAGAAAUCUUUUACAGACACCAUUCGAGAUAUAAGAAGGAGGGAAUGGAAAUUACUGGAAAAAGCUGGAUUUGUCCAGAGUGGAAACUCAGCCCUGGCCCCCAUUGUGUCCACCAUAGCCGUUGUGCUGACCUUCACCUGCCACAUCCUCCUGGGACGCAAGCUCACUGCCCCUGUGGCAUUUAGUGUGAUUACCAUGUUUAACGUAAUGAAGUUUUCAAUUGCAGUCUUGCCUUUCUCGGUCAAAGCAGUGGCCGAAGUCAAUGUCUCUCUAAGGAGAAUGAAGACAAUUCUCAUAGAUAAAAGCCCCCCAUCUUACAUCACCAAACCAGAAGACCCAGAUACUGUCUUGCUUUUAGCAAAUGCCACCUUGACAUGGGAGCAAGAAGCCAGCAGGAAAAGUGACCUGAAGAAAGUACAGAACCAGAAAAAGCAUUUUUUCAAGAGACAAAGGCUGGAGGCUUAUAGGGAGUACAGUCCAUCAGCCCAGGGAGUUGCUGGCCCAGAGGAACAAAGUGGCAGCCCCAAAUCGGUUCUGCAUGACAUAAGCUUUGUGGUGAGAAAGGGGAAGGUCUUGGGAAUAUGUGGGAAUGUUGGAAGUGGAAAGAGCUCCCUCAUUGCAGCUCUCCUAGGACAGAUGCAGUUACAGAAAGGGAUUGUGGCAGUCCAUGGAACUUUGGCCUACGUUUCACAGCAAGCCUGGAUCUUUCAUGGAAGUGUGAGAGAAAACAUAUUAUUUGGAGAAAAGUAUGAUCACCAAAGGUAA